AUGAUAUCAUUAAUAAGUUAUGAUUUGUAUAAAUCUGAUAUAUUACUUAGACAAAUAACAAAAGAAUACAAUGAAUUCUAUAUAAAUAAACAUGUUAAUAAAGAACAAGAAAUGAUUGAUAAUAUAUCAAUAAUAUCAUCAUCAGAUAAUAUUCUUAUUGAACUUGUUGGAGAAUUAUACCAUUCAUUUACUGCAUCAACACAACAAUCAUAUCCUCAAAUAAUUGCAUAUACAGUUUUUGCUAUUAUUCAUACUUUAAUUAGUGCACAUUUUUUUUCAGCUAAAGUUAAUGAAUGGACUUUAUUAUCAAUGGCAAGUAUUCCACAAAGAAAAUGA